AUGCUGCCCAAGGAUGAUAAGAAGAAGAAAGAUGCUGGCAAGUCAGCCAAGAAGGACAAAGAUCCUGUGAACAAGUCUGGGGGCAAAGCUAAGAAGAAGUGGUCCAAGGGAAAAGUUCGAGAUAAGCUCAACAAUCUGGUUCUGUUUGACAAAGCAACGUACAACAAACUCUGCAAGGAGGUCCCCAAUUAUAAACUUAUCACCCUUGCAGUAGUCUCAGAGAGACUGAAGAUCCGGGGUUCUCUAGCCCUCCAGGAACUGCUUAGUAAAGGUCUGAUUAAGCUGGUUUCCAAACACAGAACAUAAGUGAUAUAUACCAGGAACACCAAGGGUGGAGAUGCUCCAGCUGCUGAAGAU